CAUUACUACUGGGCGACGACUGGUCAACGUUACUGCGUCAGUAUUGAGUAUAGCAUCUGCUCUGCAGCCACGAAGCCAUAUUAAUGGCCUAUCCCCAAUGCGACUACCCGACGACCACUAUAUAUGAUAUGAACUAUAUGACUGACUAUAUCAUUAUUGUGUUUGGUAAAAAUGUGCAAUCAAUCACACAUUUACUGCAUUUAUUAAGGUUUCUUUAAAAAUAUUUUUGAUUAACCAAAAGAAUUCUAGCAUUAAUAAAGUGGCCGUAAAAAUACUAAAAAAUGGAACCUAAAGACUAUCACGACCAGGAUCAAAUUUUUCAACAUAAUUAUGACGAUGAACAUGACAGUGAUGUUGAAGCACGACUUUAUGCUGAAGUUUAUUAUUCUAAUACAAUAAUAGGCGAAGAAAAUAAUACAGAUAAUUCUGCAUUUAAAAAUCAGUGCCCUAAUGCAGUUAAUGACUUUGAUAAAAGCAAUUGUAAUAAUCACGAUUUAUUGCAUGAGAAAAAUAUAACCCAAAACAAGAGUAUCAAUAAUAUUACAUGUAACAAAAAUUUAACUAUGUUAAAUGAUUCUUCAGUUAAUACUAAAACAACAAAGUCAACUAAAGAAUCCAAUACACGAAGUACAAAUAAUUUUUUAAAGGAAUCAGUAUCUACUCAUAAAAUAAAUAAUUUGAGUAACAUAAUUAACACACCUAAUUCUAAGAAAAGGACAUCUAAUAAAUGUUUGGAUGACGUUAAUAAAUCCAGUAAAAAACAGAAACAUACAAAUCAAAAUGAUAUAAAAGAAUCACAAUCAAGUCAUUUUAAAGAACCAUUUAGUGAACUUCGAUCAAAUCAAGGGAAAACUUUUCACCGUGAUGCUUGUGCACUUGUCAAUCCUUAUAACAAAAAUGUAAUGGGCAAUGAACAAAAUAGUAUGAAACUGUUGAGUCCAGAAUUUAUAAAUAUCUUCUUUACAGGAAGAUCAAGGAAGAAGAAAAAGAAAGAUCACACUUUCAAAAAAGACAAAAGUAAAAGAACAAGUAAUAUUAUACCUGAUACUGAGAUUAUAGAGCAAUCUUCAAAUAUGACUCAAGUCGAAAAUAAUCUAGAAAAUGAUAUUUCAUCUAACUCACCUAUUAUUAAUAUAAGUUCUGAAUCCUCUAAUGAAUCUUUUCAAGAUAAUUCAAAAUAUAAUACAAUUGUAGCAACAGAUAAAAAACUGAAAGACCGGGAGUUUGGUUUCAAAAAUACUGAUAAAACUGAUAUGUCAGACAGUGAAGAAUCAAUUUUUGAAGUUCCUGUACCACCAAAACCAGCACCCCUCAUUGUAGAAGUCGAAGAUUCUGAUAAUGAACAAGAAAAUCAAAGUGAUAAAGAUAACUUUCUCAAUGAUAGUGUUAUUUCUCAAGAAAUUAUAGUUGAAAGUGAUCACGAAAUAUCUUUAGAUUCUACUCUAAAUGAAACACAAGACACGUGUGAAAUUAUCUCAGAUAAUGAUGAUUUCAAUAGUCUUAUCCUUAACUGUACUGAAGUUCAAAAAGGUGUGUCAAAUCUUAAUGAAAUUAAAAAACUGCAUCAACAAAAGUUUAUUCCCAUUGAAACAAAUUCUGACACGAGUUCAAGUAAUAUUCAACAUUCUCAAAAUAUGUCAUCGAAUAAUUCUAUAGCUAUUGAAAAAACUUGUACUAGUUUGAAAAGUAAGCCAAUAUCCAAGUCUUCUAGUAAAAACAUUUCGUUAGCAGAAUAUUUUUUUCAACCUAUGAAUGAAAAAAUGAAAUCAUUUUAUAAUGAUUCAUGGGGAGGAGAACACUUUGAUAUGAAUCGAAUGAAAAGUAAUAUGUCAACUGAUCCCAAUAAGUGGGCAAUUCUAAAUAAAGAUUUAGUAAUCACUGGGCCUAGAAAAAAACGGUAUUUUGGAAUGACGUGUCCCAGAUGUCAUAAAGAUGGGCAUAGGCUAAAUAAUUGCCCUGAACCUAACAAAGGACCAAUUUGUCAUAUGUGUGGAGCAAAUGGACAUUUUGCGACUCAUUGUCCUCAUACUAAGUGUUUAACUUGUGGGAGACAGCAAACAAUGUACAGAACGACUUGUGCAUUCUGUGAAAAAUUAUUUUGUACUAGAUGUAGAUCGCAAGGCCAUAAAAUUGAUACUUGUCCAGAUUUAUGGCGCCGUUAUCAUCAUACCACAAACAGUUUGGCUCCAAAAAUUCCUCUUAAUGUAAAAAAUGUGAUGAAAUCUAAACAUGAAUUAUUUUGUUGCAACUGUACGAAACAAGGUCACGAUUCCUUGGCUUGUAAAAAGCUACGUUGGUCGCAACAUUUCCCCAAUCCCUCAUUUGUGACUCAUUACAAUGGCCCUACCUAUACUGUUACUACAAAUUCAAAUGCUCUAUUAAUAGUAGAUGACAUACAAGAUAAUCCAUACAAAAAACACAACUCGGGAACAUCCAAUACAGUAACGACCAAUUUUCCUCGCUCAGGCAGAAGAAAUGAAAAUAGUGUACAAAGUAUCGUCGACGACCCAUUCAGUGGUAAUAAUACCAAUAAUAAAAUUAUCUUUAAUAUUUGUAAGAUGAAUAUCAAAUUAAGUGGCGAUCGUAAGUCAAAGAAAAAUGCUAUAAAAAAUGUUAUAUUACAAUUAAAUGUGCCAGAUAAAAAUAAUCCAGGUUCUGUUGAAAAAUGGAAAAAAUUAACAGACUUUUUACAAAGCUUUGGAUAUGAUUUGUCAUCUGAAUUUCGUCUUGAACAAAAAGAUAAACAGUUACUAUUAUACAUAAAAAGUCCCCGAAAAUACAUGGAAUCUUUAUCUAAUCUUAUAAAACAAUAUUCAAGUCGUAGUAAUUAUGAAAGAUCUCAAAUGUUACUAAAUACUAAUAGAAAUGUAAAUGCAAUCAUAGAACAUUUAUCACUUAAAUUUACUGAAAUGAAAAAUGUGACUGAAGAUAUUUCAAUGCUAUAUGAAAAAACACGACGAUUGCGUGAAGAGGUAUUUGAAUGUGAUCCUACUCAAAAUGAAACACAUAACAGGUUGAAACUAAAUGACUUAGUUUUAUCGCAACAAAAAUUAGUAAUGUUAUUGUACAGAGAAGGUUUUGCCGAUGGAUCACUUGGUCAAUUGAGAAAAAUAUUUUUAAAAAUGCAAAAGAGAACUGAACAAAUUUUUUACAGCCGUAAAAUUAAGAAAAAUAAUAAAUACGCUAUUGGUGUACGAUUAGUGUCAUUUAAAUCGCUUUUUAUUUACUUGCACUACUAUAAUAAUAUAUUUGUUCCAUAUGAAUUGAGAAAAUUAGAUAGUUACAUCGAAAAAUAUAGGGAAAAUGUAGAGAGAAGAAAUAAACUUUUAAAUAAUUCACUCAUAUUUCCACAAGAAACAGACAAAAUACAAAAUAAAUCUAAUGAGAAACCUGUUCAAGAAAGUUUAUCUAGGGCAAAUAGUGAAACAACAUCUCAAGAACUAUCAAUUGUACAAAAUAGUGUAAUAGAAACACCAGCAGAUUUUGUUAGUAAUAAUUACAAAUUGAAUUUAGAAUCACCAAAUCAAACAUUAGUAUCAUCAAAACAAAAAACUGAUAAAAAAUUAAAUCUUUUAUAUUAUCAAGCAAUGCAUGCUGAAGAUCAUAAGCGUAAAUCCGAUCUUUUACAAAAUUUCAAAAAUUUUAUAAAAAAUACCAGGAAUUGUUUAGAACAGGCAUCAAAAUUAAACUCACCUCAAUUGCAUGAUGAUAUUGUUGCGUUACGACGUGAAUUGGAAGAUGAAAUUCAUCUCAGCACAAGCAAAGUAAGGAAAUUCAAAAAAAAACUUCACCAAGAAAGGUUAAAAUUAUUACAAUCCAUUACAAAGAAACAGAAAAAGAAGCAUCGAACAACUCCGAAUAAUGCUAAUGACGCUGAUAAUAUUUAUAAAAAAUUUUGUGCAAGUUUGUAAAUUGUUGACAUACAUAAUUUAGGUGUUGUAAAAAAUGUCUAUAAAUAAACAAUUUUACUUUUAUUUACUUUUAAAGCUGUAAAAAUGUAGAUGAAAU